AGCAAAUCCCCUUGAGUUCACGGCAUUUAGCUUAGUGAUCCGAGGCCGAAUCCAUGGGUCUAGAGGGCUCGCCAUCCAGAAUUUACGUCACACGGGUCCGGCCACUCGUGCCGGCAAAUUCAGAAAUCUCGGUAAAAAAAGACCACAAAUUUAAAGUCCGCGGUAAGGAGGACCCCGAACAUAUUUGUUGCUCCUGAGCCGCUUUCUUAGGCUGGGUACCUGGAUCAGCCAUUACUGAAUUUACAAUGCCUCGUGGCGUCAACAAGAUCGGUUGGCGCCGAAUAGUGCUCGGCUUCGGACCAUCAUGGUUCGUGGUGACGAUGGGCACGGGGAUUGUGGCUAUAUUGCUGGCCAUGCUUCCGUUCCAGGCGAAAUGGCUCUACUAUCUGUCUAUCAUUGUGUUUUUGCUAAAUGUGGUGCUGUUCGUCCUGGCUGCUAUAGUGACCAUCAUGCGAUAUGCACUCUACCCCCGGUCUUGGUCUCUCAUGAUGCAUAAUCCGGUGGAUCCGCUGUACCUCGCUACUUGCCCUAUUGGGUUCGCGACGCUGAUCGAGAUGUGGGUUUUUAUAUGCGUCCCGGCCUGGGGAUACUGGGCGACGACACUAGCAUGGGUUCUCUGGAUGAUCGAUACGGCUGUAUCAGUUGUGACCACCCUCUCUAUAACAUUUCUACUACUCUGCGAAACCCACACCAACUCCCUGGACCAAGUCACCGCGGUCCAAAUCAUCCCGAUAGCAGCUACUGUUGUCGCCGCGGGCGUCGGCGCCGAAAUAUCCGCCGACCUCUCAAACAUCACAUACAGGCGAGGCACCAUCAUAGCCUGCUAUCUGCCCCCGAAGCAGCUGGCGAUGAGCUGUUUCCUGACCUUGGGACCUGUCGGGUUCGGAGGAUUUGUAAUUAUGUACCUGGGCAAAGUCUCCCUAACUGCCUUCGACGCGACAAAUUCAUUUCACCCGCUGGCGGGAGAGGUCGCGUACGUUAUGGGUUUGAUUGUAGCGCUCGGCCUUUGGGGAUUCAGCUUGCUCUGGCUGGUCAUUGCUUUUGCAACGAUCUUUCGAGCCUAUCCCAUUCCGUUUAAUAUGAGCUGGUGGUCGACGACGUUUCCGUUUGGGGUGUUUUGUAUUAAUACGAUUCAGAUCGGGAAGGAGUUGGAGUCGAUGUUUUUCAAAGUUUUUGGGACGAUAUUUAGUGUCGUCGUGAUUCUGUUUUGGAUGGUUACGUCGGCGGGUACACUUCGGGAGGUUUGGCGAGGGAAGGUGUUUCAUGUGCCGUAUCUGGAUGAGUUGAUGCUAGAGGGUGAAGAGAGUUAUAGAGAUACUGAGCAUAGGGCUUCUUAGAUAUAGAGGAUAUAGAUUAAUACACGUAAUAAGUAAG